AUGGGUGUCAUCAGUCUGGUUCGUGGUCGGAGGGACCACACCGUCGUCGAGGAUCUGCGUCCCACCCAAGAGACCGAGACCAAGAAUGAGGUCAAUGUGGAACAAAACAGGGUCGACAGUGACCUAAGCAACCUGGCUCGUGCGGAGAAGGAGAUUCAGGAACACCCUGAUGAAAUUACCUCCGGUGCUGCCGCUGGUGUGCGCAAGGCCGAGGCUGUUGCUCUCGUCUGGGGCAAGAAGGCUGUCUAUGCUACCUAUGCCUGGAUCUGGGUUUGCUUCUUCAUGCUAGCAUUGCACUCCGCCAUUGGCAACAACGUUCUUUACUAUGCCUACUCCAACUUCAAGAAUGCUUCGCAAGUCAGUACUGCUAGCAUCCUGGCAAGCAUCGUCGGUGGAGUACUCAAGCUCCCCGUUGGAAAGAUCUUGACUCUGUGGGGACGUGCUGAGGCUCUGGUUAUCUUCACUGGUGUUUAUCUUCUCGGAAUCAUCAUUCUCGCUUCUUGCAACAAUGCCAACAGCUACGCUGCUGGUUACGUUCUGUACUGGGUUGGAUAUGAUGCGAUCUAUGUAAUUCUGGAUAUCUUCAUUGCUGAUACCUCUGGCAUGCGCAACCGUGCAUUCGCCUUUGCCUUUGCCUCCACCCCCUUCAUCUGCACUGCCUUCACCGGCUCGUUGGCUGCUGCCAGUUUCUUGAAGACCGCUAAUUGGCGUUGGGCCUAUGGCGCUUUUGCCAUUAUCCAACCCUUUGUGUUCCUGCCUCUGGCCGGUGUUUUCAAGUACUAUGAAAUCAAGGCUCGCAAAAUGGGCGUGCUGCAGCGUCCUUCGUCUGGCCGGACUGUCAUGCAGUCGAUUGUGCACUACAUCCACGAGUUUGACAUCAUCGGAGCCCUCAUCCUGAUGGCAGCCUUCAUCCUCUUCCUCUUGCCAUUCAGCUUAGCCAACUACGGCCGCGCCCAGUAUAAGGAAGCCUCCUUCAUCGCCCCCCUGGUCAUCGGCUUCUUUCUGUUCUUCGUCUUCGCCGCUUGGGAGAAAUGGUUCGCCCGCACUCAUUUCAUCCCUUACCAGCUCUUCAGAGACCGCACGGUCUUCGGCGCCUGUGCUCUCUCGGCCAUCCUCUACUUCAGCUUCUACUCUUGGGAUCUGUACUACUACUACUUCGUUAUGGUCGUGUACAACUUAGACGUAACAAUGACUGGCUACAUGACCUCCAUCUACACCGUCGGCUCCUGCUUCUGGUCCCCAAUCUUCGGCCUCUGGAUCCGCUACGUGAAGGAAUUCAAAUACACAUGUCUCUUCUUCGCGCUGCCUCUGAUGACCCUCGGAGCUGGUCUGAUGAUCCACUUCCGCGGCUCGGACGGCGACAUCGGGUAUGUGAUCAUGUGUCAGAUUUUUAUCUCAUUCGCCGGUGGUAUGAUGGUCAUUGGUGAACAAAUGGCUGUCAUGUGCGCCUCCGAUCGCGAAGGUAUUCCCAUGAUGAUUUCUCUCGUCUCCCUGUUCUCGAACUUGGGUGGUGCUAUUGGCUACGCUGUUGCCGCUGCCAUAUAUUCCAACACCUUCCCCCAGGCACUGGCAGAUGCCCUCCCUGCUAGCGCCAAGGACCAGGCAUCGACCAUUUUCUCUGGUGGAUACCUCGUCCAGAUGAGUUAUCUGCCUGGCACGGAGAUCCGCGAGGCUAUCAACUACGCUUAUGGCUAUAACCAGAAGUACGGUUGUAUUUCUGCCACGGCUGUUCUCGUGCUUGCAAUUCCUGCUAUAGGUUUGUGGAAACACUACCGUGUUGACAAGGAGCAGAACAAGGGUACUGUGCUCUAG